UCGACUAUGAAAUUGGCAAAUAAGAAUCUAAACCAAAUUUUCAAGGAUGCUGGACUUGAUUUGUCCGCCCUUACACCACAUCGCAAAAUUGAAAUUAUUUCGGUUUAUUUAACAUGGAUACGUCUUCUUAUGAAUACCUGGCAGAUGACCUCCUAUUGUUUGGAUGGAAUUACUUUUAUUUACCAAACCGUUCACUUGUGGAUGGUGUAUUGCACGGAAAUGGUAUUCAUGUUUUGAGUAAUUUUAAUUUUGUGUGAUUCGAACAAGCCGAUCUUAAUUACUGGAAUAAAUUUAUGUUUAAAUUUGAA